AUAUUCAAGUAUCUGGACUAACACUCCAACGAGCCAAACGUGUGCGACGUUCAGUACGCCGAUUAACCAGGACUAGAGGAGCUAAAGCCAUACCACCUGAACGUUGAUAAGCAGCCUCCUCGGCAAACGCAGCGAUCAGCUGAGCAACCCUCAGCACCUUGCUAUCUCAACAAUGGCAUCUUCGGAAACAACACCCCUUUUGCGUCAAGAAUCGACCACUUCAUAUGCCCCGGAUGAAGAACAUGAAGAACCUACGGCGCCUCGAAGUACAUUUGCGCGCAAUCUCGGUGCACUGGAUGGGUUUGCGCUCCUGAUAAGCAUCGUCAUCGGCUCAGGCGUCUUUUCGUCACCCGGUCCCAUUGACGCGAAUGUUCCCUCACCCGGCGCAGGACUCAUCAUCUGGCUUGUUGGUGGCAUACUGGCAUGGACUGGUGCGCUCACCAUGGCGGAAUUGGGCACCGCAUUUCCGGGCGAAGGUGGGAUCCAACCUUAUCUGUCGUAUAUCUAUGGCGAUGUGUUUGGGUAUAUGGCUGCUUGGUCGUGGGUCGUUGCAACUAUGCCAGCAACUCUUGCUAUCCUUAGCAUUGUGUUUGUAGAGUCUAUCUACUCCAGCCUGGGUGUAAAUGAGCCUGACCCACCCAUGACGCAUAAACUGUUGUCAUUGCUUGUUCUGGUCUGUGUAACGACUAUGAACUCCAUCAGCACUAAGACGAGCACUCGCCUGUCCAGCUUCUUUGUUGCCAUUAAGCUGCUUACAAUAUUACUCCUCAUCAUAGCUGGCCUCGUUGUGGUCUUCGUGUUCGUUGGAAAGAGCAAGGACCUGGGGGGUGGCGACUGGCACCAAUGCAAUUGGUUUUCGCCAAGGAAUACUGUACUACCUGACGGGUCUCUGUUCGACUGGACGAAAGUUACCACGUGGGAGUCACUCGGCUUCUAUAGCACGGCCCUAUACGGGGCACUGUGGGCAUACUCUGGUUGGGACAAAGCCAAUUACGUCGCCGCCGAACUGCGAAGUCCCAGCCGUCAACUACCUCUCUCCAUUAACACAGCCAUACCGACUAUCAUACUUUGUUAUGUCGCGGCCAACGCUGUUUACUACGUGCUGCUUCCUUGGGAAGUAGUAUCAACGACCGAUGCUGCAGCAGUAACUGCAGUCACAUACUUUCUUGGCAAGUCCGUUGCCUACUUCGCCACGGCGCUUAUUUGUCUUGUCAUUGCAGGAUCGGCGCUUGGUAAUUCUUUCGUUGCGGGAAGAAUGACUGUCGCAGCGUCGAACAAUAGCUGGUUCCCACAUGUGUUGGGAACUGUAGGGUGUAUUGGUACCUUCAAGCUCAGCAAGGCUAGCGAGGCAAAUGAGCCUACAAAUUUGGCCAUGGAUAAUGGCGAGUCACCAAUCAACGCCCUCAUCCUCAAUACCGUCCUAUCCGCUGUAUACAUUCUACUUGGGAACAUGCGUAUACUCUUGACACUCAACGGACUCGCCGAAUACGCGUUCUUCUUCCUAACAGUACUUGGCGCUAUCAUUCUACGUUUUCGGGAACCGGAUCUGCCGCGGCCAGUAAAACCCUUCAUCGUCAUCCCCAUAUUAUUUGCUGUGAUCAGUGGCUUCGUCGUAGUAAGGGGCGCUGUUUUUGCACCCAUACAGGCUGCCAUACUCGUGGGGAUCUGGAUGUGCGGUGUCGUAUUCUAUUGUGUCCGUCUGUGGUUCUUAGGAAAGAGGAGUAGGAGAUCGCAUUGA